AUGGCGUACGACUGCGGAAACGGAGACGGUGCCACCAGGCCCACCACCGCUUUAAGAAGCCAUGGCCACCGCCACGGAGACCCCAAAAUGGAAGAAGCAAGAGAUCCAAGCAAGGGUGUAGACUCAAUCAGCUCUCUGCCUGAUGAGAUCCUCCACAUUAUCCUCUCUUCUAUUCCGACCAAAUUCGCCAUCAGAACUUCCACCUUGUCCAAACGAUGGAGGCAUGUAUGGUCCGAUACACCUUCCCUCUCCUUCAAUUUCGCACGUAGUAGGCCGGAAGCUAAUUCGAUAAACAAAACCCUAGAUCGCUACACGGCUCGCAAGAUGAUGAGUUUCCGGCUCUGUGCCAGAAUCAGUCACUAUAUUUCUCACAUUGACAGAUGGAUCAAAUUCGCCAUGUCCAGAAACGCGGAGAAUAUGUCGCUGAGUUACGGUUUUCAUGUUCCUGAUUACUUCUGCAUCAAUAACUCUGUGAAACAACUCGAUGUUGCACUAUUGUAUUUUUAUUUGGAGAUUCCCAGUCGUUCCGUGUCCGUGUCUUGGGCAUCUCUGAAGAUGCUGUCCUUGCGUCGGUGCAGGCUCUCUCGCGUAUGCAUUGAUAAGAUUUUAUGUGGCUGUCCCAUUCUCGAGAGCUUAAAGAUUUAUUUCUGCGAUGAUGACCUUAGGGUUCUUGAUGUCAGGAAAUCGCAGAGUCUGAGAACAUUAGAAAUCGACCGCAACAUUAGAAAACCGGGUCCGACGCAGAUUGUUGCGCCGCAAAUCCAUUGCCUCAAUUUGCGCAACUCUCAGUUACCAUGUACUCUUGUUGAUGUCUCGUCCUUAACCGAAGCUAGUCUAUAUUUGUGCUUCUCCUCAACUAAAAAACUGACAGCUGAAUUUCUGCAAGACAUGUUUCUAAAGAUACUAGACAAGUUGCAGAAUGUAGAUAAGCUUACUUUCGGGGCAAACUUUCUUGAGAUUUUAUCUCUUGCCGAGCUCAGUGGUGUUCCUUUUCCGAGCUUCAAGGUCAAAGAUUUGACGUUUAAGACAUUGGUCUAUCAAUGUGUAGUUCCUGGCUUAGUAAGGUUGUUACAAAACUCACCCGAAUUGAAGAAGCUAACAGUACGCACAAGGAAUCCCGGCACCGUACCAGAGAGACAGAUCAUUGACAUGUACUUGGAAUUGCAAGGCUUGAAUCCGGUUCAAUGCUGGAACGUCGAGGCGAGGGUCACCGAGAAGGUGGCUUCGUUGAUGGAGCUCAUGCUUAAAACCACAAAGAUAUUAGAGAAGAUGGUCGUAAAGUUGGAAGGUUAUCUUGGAAAAGGACAUUUUGAAGAGUUGCUUGGGAUGGUUCGAGUGCUCUCUGACAACAACCACAAUGUCUCCAUUGUGCUUAGCAGAUGA